ACUUUCGAUUACUCGAUAUUUCCCAAAUGUAAAUCGUUUUAAAGAUAAUGAAACAUUUUGAGCUAUACUGAGAUCCAGUUAAGCAGUUUUUACGUUUUUUUUUUAAAUAAAGUUUCCUCACGUGACCCGGAAGUAAACAGCACGAGGCGCUAGCAGCGUUAGCUUGUUCUGAGAGGACGGCGGUGUUUUGUUGGAACGUUCGUGAGGUUUUUGGACAAAAAGGACGAUACGUGGUUCGUAUCUGAACUCUCAGCAUUCUCCAAAGUGUCGUAAAUGAGUGAAUACGUGUUGAACGUAAAGACAACGUGGCUGUGAUUGUGAGACUAGCAGAUGAUCGGAGCUGCUGCUGUUCAGAGGACUUUGGUGUUUGUUGGAGCUGAAGAUCUUCUGCAGCUGCAGGAACCAUGUCUUCAUUUGCUCAGAAAGAGUCUGUCAGAGAACAACUUUCUGCUGCUGAAGAAACCUUCAGACUCUGUGAAGGAACCAUCGUCCAGAAUGAGAAUGAGGAGCUCUGUGGUCAGAGCAGACUGCUGGAUAUCACCUGGAACCCGCAGCUUCAGCUCCACGUUGCAGUCCUCCCCCAGCAUUGGGUGACUGAAGAGGAAGAUCUCUGCAACCAGCAGAGGAACUUCAGAGAGGAACAAGAAGAUCUAGAGCCUCCACAGACUAAAGAGGAACUGAAGGAACCAGAACCUCAGCAGAUUGAAAUGAAACAGGAGGAAACAGAAACUCCACAGAUCAAAGAGGAACAGGCGGAAACUCCACAGAUUAAGGAGGAACAGGAUAAACCAGAACCUCCACAGAUUGAAAUAAAACAGGAGGAACCAGAAACUCCACAGACUAAAGAGGAACUGAAGGAACCAGAACUUCCAUGGGUUAAAGAGGAGCAAGAACACAUCUACAUCAGUCAGGAUGAAGAGCAACUUGAUCUAAAGCAGGAGAUUGAUACCUUGAUGGAGAUUCCUUCUUAUGAGGAAAAUACUCACAGUGAAGCAGAUCUAAACAAACAGAAGAGCUUCAGUGUAACUGAGAGUCAGGAUGAAGAAGGAAACCAACAUGAAGAAUCAACAUCAACUACAGAUGACGAGACAGACCCACAGAACAGAGAUCAGAGGAAGAAAAGAGACAGAAGUCAUGUCCAAACUGUGGCCAGCUCUCCUAUGUCAGAAAGUCAAUGUGACUCUGAUGUUAGAAAAAAAUUCAAGAAGGAAACUUCAGUAGAGGAACACAAACAAUCUCCUAAAGAAAAGAGAUGUACCUCUGUUAAGUCUGGUAAAGGAUUAAUAAUUUCACACAAUGUGUCUGCCCACAUGACAGCUGAGUCUGAUGGAAGACCAUAUGUCUGUGAAGAAUGUGGUAAAAGUUUUGGUUACUUGUCCCUGUUAAAAUCUCACAUGAGAAGUCACACGAGAGAGAAGCCUUUUUGUUGUCAAGAAUGUGAUAAAAGUUUCAAACACCUAUCUAAUUUGAGAAGACACAUGGCAGCUCAUACCGGAGAGAAGCCUUUUUAUUGUCAAGACUGUAAUAAAGGUUUUAGACAAAGAUCUAAUCUCAAAUCACACAUGAUAAUUCAUACAGGAGAGAAGCUUAUUUGUUGUCAAGAAUGUGAUAAAGGUUUUAGUCAAGCAUCUCAUCUCAAAUCACACAUGAGAACUCAUACAGGAGAGAAGCCUUUUUGUUGUCAAGAAUGUAAUAAAGGUUUUAGUCAAUCAUCUAGUCUCACAGCACACAUGAGAACCCAUACAGGAGAGAGACCUUUUUACUGUCAAAAAUGUGAUAAAAGUUUUAAUCAAACAUCUCAUCUCAAAUCACACAUGAGAACUCAUACCAGAGAGAAGCCUUUUUGUUGUCAAGAAUGUAAUAAAGGUUUUAGUCAAUUAUCUGCUCUCACAGCACACAUGAGAACUCAUACAGGAGAGAGACCUUUUUAUUGUCAAAAAUGUGAUAAAAGUUUUAAUCAAACAUCUAAUCUCAAAUCACACAUGAUAACUCAUUUCAGAGAGAAGCCUUUUAAAUGUCAAGAAUGCAAUAAAAGAUAUCUUCAUCUAUCUAGUCUUAAAACACACAUGAUAACUCACACAGAAGAGAAGGCUAUUCUUCAAGAGAAGUUUUGACAAUUGAGUCAAUAUUUGACGCUGUAAAUAAAUUAAAAGGAGGCAGAAGUGAGUAGUUAAUGCAUAACAUUAAACAUUUUUCUGAAGUCUGGCCCUUUUAGUGAGAACAUAUUUUUUAAUAUUAUUGUAAUGUAAUAAUUUUCAAAGACAAUCUUUAGUUUCAUUGUCCAUCAGCCAUAAUCCUCAAAAUGAAUUAUAUUUGGGAUUGAUACAUUUAUAUCUGUAUGAUGAUUCUUUAAUAUAUGAGCUUAACUUUUUAUUGAUUGACAAUAAAUACUGAACUUUUCCAUGAAAUUCAUUCUUUUAGGUGUGAAUGGCUUUUACCAGUUUUGAAGGUAUCAAUAAUUUUUGUACUGACAUUUCUUAUGAAUUUGAUGUUUAAAGAUAUUAUAAACACUUUAAAAAUAUUGCUCAAUUUUGUUGAUUUUAUUAAUAGAUUACAUUAGAUUUUUUAUUACUAUUUUUUUGUUUAAAAGUUGUUGUGUUGACCUUUGUAAGAGUAGUUUAUGCUGAGACAUUGUGUAUGUUGUCUAAAUAUUUGUGUUACUAUGUCAACACUAGAAAUAUUGUAAAUGCAUCUUUAUUUCUUACAAGUUUUACGUGACCUUUGAACCUUUCCAUUAUUGGUAACAAGAUGGUAAUACAUCUGUGACAGAAAAAAUACAACAAGUAUUUUUUCUGUCACAGAUGUAUUACCAUCUCGGAACUAAAUUGAAGAAUAUAAAGCAAAAAAACAAACAACUGACAACUGACAUUACAAUUCCAAAUCUAAUUGAUUUUAUGAAAAUUAAAUUGGAAAGCAUAUUAUUUAAACAAAAUCAAAUCCUGUUUUUAUACCUUGAGAUCAAACUUUGUUUAGAUUAUUUUUAUUGAAUGUUGUUAUCAAGAACUUGUACUCAUUUAAUCGUUUGCUCCCACGGUAACGGAAAAAAAGGUUUAACUUGUGAUUUAUGGAUGGAAGGAAGGAAGGUGGAAUGUCUGCCCUUGUCUGGUACCAAAAGAGUGAAGUUUAUUUUUAUUAUGAAAUAGUUUUGGACAUUUUUUUAUAUUUUACCUGAUUUAUCUAUACAGAAAAUAUAAGUGUCUGAAGAAUAUUGAUAUCAUAAAUAUUUAACAGCUUUAAUUUUGAAGAGUGGGUCACUGGGUGCAACAUAAACAGAAUUUGUGGCCAAACGAACAGAUACCUUUUGUAAAAGUAAGAUUUUGUUUAGACAAGUAGGACAAGUAUUUGCCCAAACAAUAUUGCAAUGAGAGAGAUAUGGAUAAAGUAUGGAAUAGUACAAUGAUAAAUUAACUGAAAAAUGUACACAAUUUUCUAUUCUUCUAAAAAAGAAACAAAUGUCCUAAAAAGAUCCCUGGGGUACCCCACAUUUUAUUAUAUCUCUUUCAGUGUCAUAGCCAUUCAUUGUCACAUGAAGUUGUUGCUUUGACCUUUGGGGUUUUGUCUAAUGCUGAGACAUUGAGUAUGUUGUCUAAAUCUGUGUGUUACUAUGACAACACUAAAAAUAUUGUAAAUGCAUGUUUUAUUGAAUAUUGUUAUCAAGAACACAUACUCAUUUAAUAGUUUGCUCCCGCAGCAACGGUCGAUUCCUGACCGGAAGCGAGCGGGUUCGACUCCCGUCUUGCCCGUUGAUGUGUCGAAGUGUCCUUGGGCAAAAGACUGAACCCCAAAUUGCCUCUGGUGGGAGGUUGGUGCCAGUGUUUGGCAGUGGAGCCACCACCAGUGUGUGAAUGUGUGUGUGAAUGGGUCUGUGACUGUGAAGCGCUUUAGACCCUCGAAGGGUAGGAAGCGCUAUAAAAGUAUACGCCAUUUACCAUGUUUAUUUCUGAGAAGUUUCACGUGACCUUUGAAUCUUUCAAUGUUUUUUAAACAAAAAAUGACUACAUUUCGUAUUAAAUAUAUGCUGAGUCAUGUGAGCAAAUAACCAUUUUGUGAAUAAAAUAUUUUCUUUAAAUUGUAGUAAGGAAGAGAUGGAUAAUAAGACUGACGUGUCUGUCUUGUGUUGUUGUGAUUCCUGUUUUCUAGUAGAAAUCUGAAGUGUUUCUCUGUUCUUUUUAGUUGUCAGUGUUCUGUCUCAAUCUUUCCUGUGAAGAAUAAAGUGGACGUGAACAUCA